UGAUUUUCGGCCAAGCCACCAAGGCCUGUUUUCCAAAUUCUCACCUGACUCGUCAGAAUUUGUCGUCCUGGUCCUGGAAGUAUGAUAGUGCUCCAAGUAUUGUGAUGUUCAUCAUUUUCAGAUGGAUCUGCGGAUUCACCGGCAGAUCCUACCCGCACCCCGAUGCUCUGAUCUGUACGAGUGAUGCGGGUAAGCCUUCAGACAGUAACAACGGCGGAUGAGGUACGUGUACCACCCAGGUGCACCCAUGUCACACCCUAUCCUCCACCCUCUGUAAAUAACUGGCGAGCUCGUUCUGAGAAUACUCGGUUCUUCGGGGAUCCAUGGUUAUCGCACUCCUCCUCUCUGAUGCUAACAAGCCCCUACGCUACGCAGACCUUAAUCGUGUAGCCCUUCAGUGUCUUUAUGCAGCGCACUCGAUGUGGAAAGCCCUUUCUAUUCUCCAAUCCGCAAUCUCAUGUAGGGAACUGGAAACACCCUCGUCCACACUACCAUCUCGGCUUCUAUCUGCCUUCGACGCGCACGUUGGUGACUGUUCAUGCCAUACGCGAGCGCAGAUGCUCUGGGAGCUUGUCCAAUUAUACAAUAUGCCAGAGAAGAAAGAUGCCCUCGAUCACGCAAUCACAAUGCUGCAAGAACUCAGGAUUCAGGCCGCAUUGUUGCUUCAGGAGAUCGAGCAAAGUUACGGGAAACCGCGCAUUCCUACGCUCGACGCACUCAGAACUCACUUGAGUGUAUGGCAACGUAUUGGCUUCACACGUUUUUUAAAUCUUUUCUCUGGGCCCUCUGACUCUCCACCUGGAACUGGCGUAUUACAGACUACCGCUGCUGAAGAUGUGCUUGAUAUUUCAACGCCUCCAUCAGAUUCUUCAUACAAACGCUACCAAAUCACAGUUGAACCAGAAUGGAAUACCGACAACCUUUUCCUCGUUGCACGUUUCUUGACUCUCUGUCUUCUGCUGUCUGAAUGCAAGAUAGCUAAAAUAAAAUCCGGUCCUCCUAUACGCGUAAUCGUUCGCGUCGAUCUUCAAUUAAUGUAUGCAAACAUCGGACGAGAGCUGGAAGUUUUGGGCCUAGUGUCAGCACAGAGGAAUUCGAGGUCUUGUGAUGGCAAGGUGAAGUUGAGCGCACAAUGCGAUGCUAUGCAGGGCUACGUAUCCGUUGUUACGACGGAUUGGGUGAAGAAAGCGGUCCUUAGAUUGGGGCUUCUCGACUUUCACCAGAGUUUGUCCGAGGGAUUGAUAGUCGCAAAUAGUCGCCAUAUUUCGUGCGUUUCGACGUAUGCAUCCACAUUGCUUGUACGUGCGCUGUGGUUCACAUUUAACACGCCUUUAUUGGUCGUGAUUCAGCGGUUCUGUUCGCAUGGCGAAUUUCAUAAUAUCUAUUGCCGUAUCACCAGGAAUCCCACAUCCCCAGCCCCCUCUUUCUACGAGAUGGGAGAACCCGAUUGGUUCGACGUUACACUUGUUUCCGAUGAAGACAUCGUCACAGCAUCGUGGUCCAUACUACCGCACAACAUCAUGAUAUGCAUGUCAGGAGAAGGCACGAUUGAUGACUUCCGCCGUCUUCUCCUCGAUAGCAAUCAAGGGAACUCGCUUCUCAGUCAACCUCAUAAUGGGACAUGCCAAGAAAUUGUUGACUAUAUCAGCAAACUAAAAGAGCUCAACUUCGCUCGCUUUAUGGCGCACUGCUCUGCGCACCAUGAUCAGUUUCCGUUCACUUUGCCGGAUGAUGAGGAUGCGUUGGAGAGGGUAUCUGACCUGAUCCAGAAAGGGCUGGGAAAGAGAGCUAGUGACACCUUUAAGGAGGCCAGGGAUGGGGCUGAUGACUUUGGAACAGGGAAAUCUAUGAACAUGUUCACGAUCGAACACUUGGUUGUGGAGUUUCCGGGUAUGAUAUUGAAAGAGCUGCAGAGGAAGCCUACCGUUUAUGGUUGUAAACUUGAAUCUUCAUAAGCUCGCAUCAGCAAAUUGUACUAGUAUCUUGCCGCAUCAGUAGAACAAUAUGCGCUGUACAGAACUGGACAGAACCGGACUGCAUGAGUUCUCGGGCGGUGCUGCACAGGACUCAUAUGAUUUGUAAUCACACUUCUACGUAUACCAUUGUACUAUGUAUC